UUCAAUCACCAUUCUUACCACCCCCCUCUCCUUUAUAGCCAGUUAGUGAAAUGGCCUGGCUAAGGACCGGCUCCAUCUCAUCCUUCCUUAUAGUCAUCUUCCUCGUAAUUACUAGCCUCAUGUCCAUAGUCAGCCAAAUCGGGCCCUGGCCUGGGGCCCUGCCCCAAGACCUUGUUGCCAUCGACCUCGCCGCGAAGCUCCGUCUGGACUCCCAUGCUACUGCUCUAGUCUCUACCGACUUCGGCGGCCUCACCCAGGUCGCCCCCGCCGCUGUUUUCUACCCGUCGUCGCCCCACGACAUUGCCGUCCUGGUGCAAUUCUCCUACUCCUCGUCCCGGCCCUUCACGGUAGCCCCCCGAGGCCACGGCCACUCCAUCAGGGGCCAGGCCUUUGCUCCUGAUGGAGUGGUCAUAGACAUGCCAUCGCUCGGCCGCGGACGCGCCGAUCGGAUCAUCGUGCACUCGGAUGACUCCUCAUUUCGGUACGUCGAUGCCGGCGGCGAGCAGCUAUGGAUCGACGUGCUGCAUGCAGCGUUGGAACACGGGCUUUCGCCGCCCUCAUGGACCGAUUACCUCUACUUGACCGUCGGCGGCACCCUCUCUAAUGCCGGCGUGAGCGGCCAGGCUUUCCGACACGGCCCGCAGAUCUCCAAUGUAUAUGAAUUGGACGUCAUCACCGGGAAGGGGGAGAUGGUCACAUGUUCCAGGGACUACAACUCGGAGCUCUUCUACGCCGUGUUAGGAGGGCUGGGCCAGUUCGGGAUCAUCACCCGGGCUCGGAUCGCCUUGGAGCCCGCGCCCCAGAGGGUGCGCUGGGUUCGGUUGAUAUACGAUGAUUUCGGGGCGUUCACGAGGGACCAGGAGCGCCUCAUAGCGAUAUCUGCAUCCUGGGAGAGCAAGAAGAAAGGAGGGGGUUUCGACUACGUGGAGGGAUCGGUUCUGGCGGCGGAUGGAAGUCCUAUCGGGAGCUGGAGGUCGUCUUCCUUCGCGGGGUGGGACGCCGAGAGGAUCGCCAGGCUCGGAGCGCAGCACGGCGUCAUCUACUGCUUGGAAGGGGCCAUGUACUACGACUCGGUCAGGGCAUCACGUUCGUGGGUGGUGGUGGAUGAGGAGCUUGAAUUGUUGCUUGAAGAGCUAAGCUUUGUCCCAGGGUUUGCGUUCACAAACGAUGUCUCCUAUGAGCGAUUUCUAGAUAGAGUUCAUGAUGGGGAGUUGAAACUCCGUUCGAUGGGCCUCUGGGAUGUUCCUCACCCAUGGCUUAAUAUAUUUUUACCCAAGUCUGGAAUACAGGAUUUUAAUAGUGGAGUCUUCAAGAAGAUACUGAAGCACAACGAGUCAACGGGCCCAAUUCUGUUCUAUCCUCUGAAUAAGAACAAGUGGGACGAGAGGAUGUCGUCCGUGAUCCCUGACGAAGAGAUCUUUUAUUCCAUAGGUUUGCUAUGGUCUGCGAUAAUGGAUGAUUGGGAGUACUUGGAGAAUCUAAACAUGGAGAUCAUACAGUUCUGCGAUCAGAAAGGCAUCAAAUAUAAACAGUACUUGCCUCAUUAUUUAUCUCAGGAGGAUUGGAUGAAGCACUUCGGUCCCAGAUGGGACAAGUUCGUCGAGAUGAAGAGGAAGUAUGAUCCUAAAGCACUCUUAUCUCCAGGGCAGAAAAUAUUUACAACCUCGCUCGUGGACCAUGCCACCAAUUAGCAGUGUCGUGGCAGAUUAGUUAAUCCAAAUCAAGGCUUCAUAUAUAGAAAAAAAAUUAGCCGACAUCUAUCAAUAUCUUGUACAAAUUGCUUAUGAUUUGUUAAAGCGUCUUUUAAUUAACAUUCAGUAUCUGGAGCAGAAGAGGUUCUUUAGAAAAAGAAUCAAAUCUCUAUGGAAAUUUUGUAAUUUUUCUUAGUUC